AUGUUCCUGUUUGCCCUCGCAGUGGCAGCGGCUAUUUGCGUGUUCCAGCUUGCUCACUCUCUCCAGAGAAAGAAAUCUGUCCGACGGCGAAAUGAUGAAGAAGCAGCUCGGUUGGGAUGCAGCCCCGCUUGCGUGAUGCCCACCAAGGGGUUCUUGGGGUUCGGCCGGCUUGUUGAGAGUGUCAAGGCCACCAAGGCCGACAGAGGUCCCCAGUACGUCGUCGAGGCCAUCGACCAGGAGAUGGGCAAAGAUGUGCACACCUGUGUGGUCCCGAUUGCCGACUACGAGCUUAUCGUGACCCGCGAUCCCGCCAACGUCCAGGCCAUGCUCGCCAGCAAGGCCCCCGACUGGGAUGUUGGGGAGCAGAGAAAUGCUAGUUGGAAACCGCUUUUUGGCUCCGGCGUCUUCACCAGUAGAGGCGAAGCCUGGAAGCACUCCCGUGCUCUGGUGCGACCUCAGUUCACCAAAGACCAGAUCAACGACCUUGCUUUGAUCGAGCGCCAUGUCCAGCAGUUGUUCUCUGCCAUUGACAGAUCAUACGGAGCCGGUGAGAAGGGAUGGACCGCCAGUUUCGACCUGCAGCCCCUUUUUUACAACAUGACCCUGGACAUCACCACCGAGCUUAUUUAUGGGUACUCGGUUCAUUCUCAGAACCCAUCGGAGCGGGUUGAGUUGCCCGUUAUCCCUGGGUAUGAACCUCCCGACCGGGAGAAUAUCGGCACCCACAUGGACGCCGGGAAGGCCUGGGUAGAGACACGAGGAGCCCUCUGGAAAUACCGCUGGCUGCUGCCGACCAGGGAGUUCAACGCCCACUGCGCAGCUGUGCAUAAAUACGCCGAGUGGUUUGUGCAGUUGAGGCUCCAGCGCGGAGACAAGUAUUUGGCCGGGAUUCAGUCCGAGACUGGGCUCACCUCCCCGGGUCGCUACAUCCUCUUAGAUGAGCUUGCAAAGCUAACACAGGACCCCGUUGAGCUGCGCAGCCAGACACUCAACAUCCUUACUGCCGGUCGAGACACCACAGCUUCCCUAAUUGGAUGGGUUUUCUACUUCCUGGCACGCCAUCAGGUUGUCUUCAACAAGCUGCGAGAGCAAAUUCUACAACAGUUUGGUCCAUACCACCCAUCCCAACCGAGCGGCAUCGAGUUCAAAGAGCUGCGAGACUCCAUCCCAUACAUCAACUCGGUCGUCAAUGAGGCCCUUCGCAUGGCGCCUGUCAUCCCGCUCAAUGAAAGAGUAGCCGUCCGGGACACGGUUUUGCCGCGGGGCGGCGGGGACGACGGCAACGACCCCAUGUUUGUGCCGAAGGGAACGCAGGUCCUCAUCCCAACUUACGCCAUGACGAGGAGGGAUGAUAUCUGGGGCCCUGACGUGAAUCAAUUCCGACCUGAAAGGUGGGAGGAGAAUGGAGGCCGCAAAUUCGGCUUCGAGUUCAUUCCAUUUGGCGGCGGUAUCCGUCAGUGUUUGGGUCAACAAUUUGCGCGAACGAAAACCGCAUAUGUUAUUGUGAGAUUACUGCAGCGAUACGACAAGAUCGAGAACGCGCAAGAGCCAGCCGAUGCCCCUAUGAGGUUCCACCAUACCAUCGAAAACAGAAGCGGGAGCGGUGUGCAGGUCAGGCUGCACGAGGCAUGA